UUGGUAAAAUUAUGGACACCGAGCGCUUGGAUUGUUAUCGUUUACAAGCGUCUGUUAACAACGAUGAUUUUAGUUGAUAAAUAAAAAAGUAAAGUUUUAAAAGGAUGCUUAAGUAUUUACAUCUGGUCUAUCUGAUUCCAUUUAUUUAUGUGGUGGAUUGUGAAAGCUGUGAGAGAGACAAAUGUAGGACUGUUAGAAAUGUUAUAUAUCAGGAAUUAAUACCUCAUUAUAGAGAAGUGGGGGCAAAAGUCCCGUACAAAUGUCCGUUUUUCAAAGAUCGAGACAAGUAUAUUGCCCAAGAGGAACACAAAGAGCGUGAAUCAGCAUCAAGAUGGUCAUGUGGAUACUGCGGGAAAGCUUUCAUAGGAGAGAUAUAUUUAGAUAGUCAUUUUACUAACAGACAUUCUGGUUCUAUUUAUAAUGAGCCGGAUUCCGUCUGUCUGUCUGAUUUCUGUGAGAUAUUUCGCUGUGAUGUAUUGAUGGGUGUGGCUAAGCCAACAUUCUGGGAUGUAGCUUUAUGUAUGGAGGAUGAUAUGGCAGAUUUGUCACAAGACUGCAUGGACUUGAUGAAAAGUUGUGUACCGGAACAUUUGAACUGGAAUGCAUCCAAAACACUGACAGGUGCGCUGUCAGAAUCAGUUUGUUCGUAUUUGACAUGUAAGAAAUAUUUUGAUGUCUCAAGUAUACAGAAACAGCGUAUUAGCCAGGAACAAGAGCCAGUUGCUAUGCCAUACGUGGUUCUCACGAUCCUUCUCUCCAUUGGCUUGAUCAUAUACUAUUGUGUAGCUGUCAACUACUUCUGGCUGGAUACGUUCUCAGAUGUUUACGAUUCAGACGAUCAUAUGAACAACCAUCCUGAGUCUUUGUUCCCUAGUGAGUUACCUAAAGUCUCAAAGUCAAAGCAUUACACAAGGAAAAAAGCAAAUGUCAUCCAAACUGAGGCGUCAACAGGAAGGCAGGACAUUUUUAAUGUGAGGGCGGGGCUUGAAACAUCGAUCCAAUCAGUUCCUACUUCAAGCAGAUGAUACAAAUUUACACUAGGAUGAAAUUCUAUAAAUAAUUUUAGACUGGGCCAUAUUCCUCAGCAUAUGAUUGGCUGGUCUGUAUUUCAGAAUUUGAAUUGACCAAUGAGAAAGCUCCAAUGCUGUGACUGGUUUGUUGUUUGAAUUUUUAACUCGGAUCUGUGUGAGACAAUCAUAUCAGUUAUAAAUUAAAGUGUUUGGUAAGUGUGAACUGGUGUUCGAUGUGUUAUUGAGGAUAAUAAUAAGAGAAAAAAAAAUGAAGAAAGAUUUUAAAAUAAAAAAGAAAAUAGCUGUAUAUUGAGAUUGACAUUAUAGUAUAUAAAACUUAUUGACAUGUAGGCUAUGUGUGAUGUACAUUGUAAAUAAGUUACGAAGGGAUAAUUUGAUGCAAGGGUAAUAAAAUAUUUUAUUUUAUCAUAACUCAAAAUAUAUAUUGUGUGAUAUUAAUUAUGUACAUUGAAAUGUGUGGGUUUUUUUUAAAAAAUAAAUAUCGAUAA